AUGCGCUACUUUUUCCCAUUUGCAGUAGCCAUCAUGGCUUUCUCGGCCAGCGCUCACCUCGGUCCUCAUGAUGCUCGAUCUAAUGCUGAAAUGGCUCACAAAGCAGAGCUAUCCAGCCGAUGUGCGCAGCAUGUCGCUCAAUUCAACGACAAGCGUUGGAAGCGAAGUCUGGGCCAUCCGGGUAACACGACUGUGAAAAUCCAUACACAAGCCCCUUAUUAUGAUGUGUUACAGAAUGACACCUGCGUCCUAUCUCCCGAGGUAACUGCUGGUCCAUACUACUGGCCGCGGUCUCAGAUACUCCGCCAGGAUAUGACAGAAGGCCAAGUCGGAGUUCCUCUGUGGCUGGACAUUGGGGUUAUGAAUAUGGCUACGUGCAGUCCCUUGGAGGGCGUUAUGGUCGAUCUCUGGCACUGCAACGCGACGGGCAGCUACUCCAGCUUUACUGAAUUGUCUCCCAAUACCAAAUUUCCCGCACUUCUUGCUGAACAGGGCAAGAAUGCCUCGGACUUUGUUGUCGGUAGCACGGAUAUACAUACUGAUUCCGAAACCUGGCUUCGAGGCAUGUGGCCAACCGAUGACCACGGAAUGAUGCAAAUGAAGACUAUAUUCCCUGGUUUCUAUGUUGAGAGAACUAUCCAUAUCCACGUCCAAGUGCACACCGACUGGACCACCGGCGAAAACGGAACCCUGGUCUUCGAAAACACCGUCAGCACCGGGCAGUUAUAUUUUGACGAAAAGCUCGAAGAAAAGAUUAUGGCGAUGGAGCCUUACUCCUCCCAUACGCAGAUCAACCGCACCCGCAAUGAUGUUGAUAUGGAAUUCUCCAAGGGUACUGCGAAUGGUUACAACCCGGUUGUCUCAGUCGUGCCAGUCGAUGAAAAUGAUCUCACCAAGGGUCUGAUUGGGUACAUUACUAUUGGUGUGGACACUUCAGCCAUCGAGGAUGAACAUUGGUCUGCAUCUUGA